AUGCAUUUGAAUCGAUUUACCAUCGUGUGGUUGCCGAUCAGACACCAGCAGCUCUGGCGUACACGCAACAUUCAACUAGCCAUCAUUUUGAUUUUCAUCGUCAGCUUCGGCCUGACCUAUCAGGCUUUAAUAGUUUCGAAUAUUUUGAUAAAAGUCGGGAACUAUGCGGUCCCGAACCCGGCGACGUAUGGGGAAAUGGACUUUACCCUCGACGUGAUUCGCCUCACCAGCCAGGUGUAUCCACUUCUAUCACUGGUAAUUUGCGGUGGCACCAUCUUCAAAUUGGUUCAUAUGCGAUAUAGGAAACAACAGUAUGUGUUGGAUUUGAAUAUUGCCAAGAAGCGCAAAAAACAAUCUAGGUCUCAAUCGAGCGCCAAAAUUGAGCUCAAUCUAACGUUUAUUUGCCUGGCCACGUUGGUUAAUCAGCUUGGGCUAAUGGGGUUUAUGUUUUUCCUCGGCAUAGCUGAGAGCUUCCCGAUAGACACGCGAAUAAUCUUGCUGAACCUCGUCUCUGACGUGUCAACCAUCAGCGAGGCGUGGAUUGCGAUACUUGUCAAUCGCACCCUACGAG